GCGGCGGAGGGCGAGGGAGCGACGCGCGGCCCCGCGGGCGUGGAGAGACCGGCGAGUGGGCCUGCCUUCGCAGGUAUGCAAAGAAGCCUUUCCACACAGAUGUCCUUAGAAGUAAUAUGGAUCAGUCCGGAGUUCUCCUAUGGGUGAAAGCAGAACCCUUUAUAGUGGGUGCCUUGCAGAUACCACCUCCGUCCAAGUUCAGCCUUCAUUAUCUCCGGAAGAUAGCAACUUACGUCCGAACCCGGGCCAACGAGGGCGCUUACCCGCGGCUCUACUGGUCUACAUGGAGGCACAUUGCCUGUGGGAAGCUGCAGUUGGCCAAGGACCUGGCAUGGCUUUACUUUGAAGUAUUUGAUAGUCUUGUGGUGAGGCCACCAGAGGAGCGUCUAGAAUGGGCUGAGGUUAUAUCCAACUGCACAUCAGAGGAUGAAGUUGAACAGCAGAGAAAUCAGCUCUCCGUGGACACCCUGCAGUUUCUGCUCUUCUUGUACAUACAGCAGUUAAACAAGGUCUCCCUGAGGACAUCGCUGAUUGGGGAAGAGUGGCCCACUCCCAGAACCCGUUCUCAGUCUCCUGACGUGACUGAAAAAUCCACUUGUCAUAAGAACUGGAAUGAUUACAGUCACCAGGCUUUUGUCUGUGAUCACCUGUCAGAGCUCCUUGAGCUGCUUUUAGAGCCAGAACAACUCCCUGCAUCCUUUCAUCCGACCCGCAGUAGCCUGAUCUCUCGAGAAGCCGUGGUGGCACUCAGCUUUCUAAUCGAAGGCACAGUGAGCAGAGCCAGGAAGAUCUAUCCGCUCCACGAGCUGGCGCUGUGGCAGCCCCUGCACGCCCAAAACGGCUUCUCAAAGGUCUCGAAGACCUUCCCCUUCUACAAGCUGGAAGCCUGGCUGAAAGCCUGCUUGACUGGGAAUCCGUUUGGUACAUCUGCGUGUCUCAAGUCUGGCAAGAAAUUGGCUUGGGCUCACCAAGUGGAAGGGACGACCAAACGAGCUAAGAUUGCAUGUAAUACUCAUGUGGCCCCUAGGAUGCACCGCAUGGUGGUGAUGAGCCAGGUGUACAAGCAGACAUUGGCUAAGAGCUCAGAUACUCUGGUGGGGACUCACGUAAAGAUUCAUCGUUGCAAUGAGUCUUUCAUCUACCUGCUUUCUCCUCUGCGAUCGGUGACCAUUGAGAAGUGCAGGAACAGUACCUUUGUCUUGGGCCCUGUCCAGACUGCUCUUCAUCUUCAUAGCUGUGACAAUGUUAAAGUCAUUGCUGUCUGCCAUCGCUCAUCCAUCUCGUCCACAACACGCUGUGUCUUACACAUUCUGACGCCCACACGCCCGCUGAUUCUCUCCGGCAACAAGACUGUCACUUUUGCCCCUUUUCAUACCCAUUACCCAAUGCUGGAGGAUCAUAUGGCCAGGUCCGGCCUUGCCACAGUGCCUAACUAUUGGGAUAACCCGAUGAUUGUGUGCAGAGACCACAGCGACGUGAGUGUCUUCCGGCUCUUACCACCAUGUGAAUUCUAUGUCUUUAUUAUUCCCUUUGAAAUGGAGGGGGACACAACAGAGAUACCUGGGGGCCUUCCAUCUGCCUACCAGAAAGCACUGGGCCAAAGAGAACAGAAGAUACAGAUCUGGCAGAAAACUGUGAAGGAGGCUCGUUUGACAAAGGAUCAGAGGAAGCAGUUCCAGGUCCUGGUGGAGAACAAGUUCUAUGAGUGGUUGAUUAACACAGGGCAUCGCCAGCAGCUCGACAGCCUCGUGCCCCCCGCAGCAGGCUCCAAACAAGCAGCGGGAUAGCACGCCUCCAUCGGAACGCAGGGCAGGGCCUUGUAAACAUGAGGAUGAAUGGAAGAUGGGCAUUUGAAGGGUUCUCUUAUAAAACCAGCAUGAAGAAGUCGGUGAAGGCAUCACGCUGUAUAUGUAUUAACACUAAGUGACUGGGUAUAGAUUUGCCAGUGAUACAGAUUGAAUGUGUUUGAUAGUUUCAUCCUUUUGAGAGCUAAAUAAGAAUUUUAUAGUUUUUAAAUAACUAUUUAAAAGGUAAUUGCUACUGCUUUAAAAAUAUUGGAAUGAAAAUAUAAUCUGUUGGUGUAUAAAUAUAGCAGAAAUAGUUUUAUAUAGAUAUUCUAGCCAUUAAAGUAUGAAGCAUAACAAAAUUGCGUAAGAAUUUUUCAAGUUGUCUGCUUCAAACUUCAAUAAACUCUAAAAAAAGGUCAUUUUCUCCUUUUGAUAGAAGAUAAAGCUUUACUUUUAAUUUUAUAAAAGGUUUCCAACAUCAUUCUUGAAGUCAAUACUGCAAUAAAGCUCAUAUUUUGUUGGGAAAGCCUUGUUAAUAUAAAAAAAAACUAUGAAAAUAUUAAAAUGAAUCUGACUGCUGAUGCGCACUGUCUCAUCUGCUCACCAAUCACUGAAUUAGCCAUGAUGGUGACAAAUGACUUUCUGGUUUGUUUCCACAGAGAGAAUGAAUCUUCAAAAUGUGUUUGUUCAUUCUAAUUCAGACCUUCUUAGUUUUUAUUUCAAGAUGAAAUUCAAGCAAGCAAAGAGCGUUACCAAAUAAACAAUAAUGGAAAUGUU